AUUUGCGUUUUUCUUCUCUCAUUUCAAGACAAUGGGUGAGAGUUUUUAAGAUAGUUUUGAGGUGACCAUACACUCCAAACUUGAUUCACUGUCAACGGAUUGUCAGUUUGCAGCGAGUUUGAGGCUGGAUAUCAACGAGUUCCCAAACAACUGUGAAGACAUGCCUGUACCAGUCUCCCUUGAAAAGCUGAAGCAUUAUCCAACAAAUUGUUACGUCUAAUGGGUCUGGACCCUUUUGCGUUCAAAGUGAAAUCAACCCUUGUUAGUGACAUCAUUUGUGGAACUGGUCACUCACAAGACUACUGGUCAGGCACUCUAAAGUGGGACUUUGUUGAAGACGAAGCUAAAGCACCAUUCAUGAAAAUGGUAUUACAAAUCCCUGUUGAAGGUGGCCACGAAGGAGGUCGUUGUAAAGUGGAACUCCAUGAUCAAAUUCGUUUGUUCAACGUUUGCGAUGGAAGUGAUCAUGAUUACCACCUGACUACUUUUUACUCGGAUUGCGAUCACACGUUCGAAGAGGUCAAAUUUGGCUACCGAUUGACCAUGCAAUUCAAGUUGGAACUCGAAACGGCCCCUCUCCUGUCCUCCCUGUCGCCGUCUGCGGAUCUCAAAACCUUUCUAGCCGUCAACUACGUUCAAAAGUCUCUUGCCCACUGGAUCCCAACGGAGAAUAAUCAGCCUAAUAUGCUGGUCCUACUCCUCGAGCAUCGCUACGCCCCGUCUGAACUUAAUUUUGGCCGCCUGAAAGGUAAAGAUCGCCUUCUGGCUCGGCUCCUUCUCUCCGUUGGCACUGUCGACAUGUAUCUGUCGCACUUGCGAGAAUCUGUCUUCGGACCGUUUAACGAGACUCUCUCGGAAGAGGAGAACGUGGAAACCGACGAGGAGAAUUCGGAGACGGAGCGUCCCAUUGCCAACUGUUUGUGCUGCGUACAAAAACGUUGCAAACGUCUACGCCACAAGACAAUCUCUGACUGCGCCCAGCUCGAAAAUGGAGUUAAUCUCGAGAUUUCAAGCCUGACCUGUCACGAUGGUCGAAUCGUCGAAUGCAGAGCACCCUUAAAGGUCGAUAUCGAUACAGAUGUAAUUCCCUUUAAUAGCUUUCUCUACACGUUCGAACAUGAUUGCUUGAAAAUGGAUGGCGAGUGUUUCGACAAGAGUAACUUUUGCUAUGUUUUCCAUCCUCGAUCUGUGCUUGUGAUUAGCCCCAAAAAUUCCUUGGAGCUGAUGCUCAGUUGCAAUUUCACUGCUGCGCUGGAGCAACUGGAGGUCAACCCGAACACCAAAGCCUUGAAUCGAGUGAUAACAUUCUGCCAGGAUUUUCCAGACAAAGUUUGGCUGGAGGCAGUCGACCGAGAAGAGAGAACACGGCGUCUGGUAUCCAUUUGCCUUCAACUCGAUGCCGAAUACAACAAUCUGAAGUUACUACAUUUGCUGUCCGACAACUUCCCCGGACAUCCUAUCCAGUACGAAGGGUUGAGGAGCAAAGCGAUUGCCAUCGGAGUGGCCCGUCUGAUUAAAAAGGUUGGAGUGACCGUUUCGGAUUUUAUGAGCGAUCUCGUCUGUGAGCAUCGGGCCUUUGAGCAAAUUGAAAAUUUCGCCCACUUGGUCAUGGAACUUUAUAACGUCGACUUUAAAGACAUUGCCGAAAACAUCGGCAGCAAAUAUGUCACUUUUUUUUACUCCAAUUCUAAAAAUUUGAUGCCCAGCCAGUCCGUCUCCACCCUCGUCACCUGUGCCGCCAUGGUCUUCCGCAUGUACGAGGAGAAUCCCCUGGUCAGAGGCUUGGUUAAGCUGCAUACAUUGAUUACAUUCGGCGAUGGCCUCGAGUUGCUUCCUCUGUCUAUGCUCUUCUUCGUCAUCGAGGGAAUCCAGAUGACUUGCCGAUCCCAACUUGACAACAUCCAAGAAUGCCAGAAAAUGCAACAGGGUCUGCACAGGAAGCUGCUCUCCUACUUUAUCCCGGAAGCUUUGGCUGAAGAGGUCAUGCUUUCUUACCUCAAACUGGAUGACGCCAUUUUACUCAAGAAAAUUACUCAAACUUGGAACUACUUGGAAGAAGAGGACGCGGUAAUUUUUAUUCAAUUACCAUAA